GCCCAGACCCUUCCGAGUGGAGUAUCUACUCCGAGUGGAGGACAGUCUCCCGUUCGUUUUCCAGCUCCUGGUCGAGCAUGUCCUCCCCGGACGCGGCCAACCACUGGCGCUUCAGCACGUCGCCCUCCCAACCCAACUCCAAGUCUGGCCCCGUGGGCUUCAGCACCCAGGGCCUGAGCGACCAGAUCCCCAUGUCUGCCACCGACCAGGGAUUUUCCACUGGGGCCACCCCAGCUUCCAACUCGGAAACCGACACCGGAACGAGCCGGGCCCGGGGGCCCGGCCUGCCCUUGAUACUCGGCGCCCCUUGGAGUUCCUUACGAGGACUCUCAGCGCCCCCGGGGUCCUCCCGACUGUCAAUCCAAGAGUCCACCCCGCCCUCGCUACUCAGCUCCCAGGAUUCGGUACCAGUACCUGCUACGCCCUCGAGCUGCUCCCAAGGGUCAGUACAGGGCCCCGCCCCGCUCCCGAGCUCCCCCCGAGAGUCCUUCCAAGGGUUCGCUCCGCCCCGGAUGCCCGGCUCUCCCCGGGAUUCCUUACAAGCACCUACUACGCCCGCGAACCCCUCCAUCGUGUCUGUCCAAGGGCCCGCCCCGCCUUCAACGCCCAGCUCCUCCCGAAUGUCAGUACAAGGGUCUGCCCCGCCCUCGGCCGGCCCCAGUCCUAUACCCACGCCCCCGGAGAGUCGCAAGCAGAGCAUGGCGAGUCAGGAGAAGGCGAGUAUGGCGAGCCACAUGUUCGACGUAGUCGUGAUAGGAGGCGGCAUCUCAGGAUUGUCUGCUGCCAAACUCUUGGCUGAACAUGGGGCUAAUGUUUUGGUUUUAGAAGCCAGAGACAGAGUUGGAGGAAGAACAUAUACUGUAAGGAACGAGCAUGUUAAUUACGUAGAUGUUGGCGGAGCUUAUGUGGGACCAACCCAGAACAGAAUCUUACGAUUGUCGAAGGAACUGGGCUUAGAGACUUAUAAAGUGAAUGUAAGCGAACGUCUCGUUCAGUAUGUCAAGGGGAAAAGUUAUCCAUUUCGGGGUGCCUUUCCUCCAGUGUGGAAUCCUAUUGCAUAUCUGGAUUACAACAAUCUAUGGCGGACAAUAGAUAACAUGGGAAAGGAGAUUCCAACUGAUGCGCCAUGGCAAGCCCCGCAUGCUGAGGAAUGGGACAAGAUGACCAUGAAAAAUCUCAUCAACAAAAUCUGCUGGACGAAGACAGCUAGGCAGUUUGCUUCUCUCUUUGUGAAUAUCAAUGUGACCUCUGAACCCCAUGAAAUUUCUGCCCUCUGGUUUUUGUGGUAUGUGAAGCAGUGCGGGGGCACCACUCGGAUAUUCUCGGUUACCAACGGGGGCCAGGAACGGAAGUUUGUGGGCGGAUCUGGUCAAGUGAGCGAGCGGAUAAUGGACCUCCUUGGGGACCGGGUGAAGUUGAGGUGUCCUGUCACCUAUAUUGACCAAUCAGGGGACAACAUCAUCGUAGAAACCUUAAAUCAUGAACUCUAUGAGUGCAGAUACGUAAUUAGUGCUGUCCCUCCAACCUUGACUGCAAAGAUCCACUUCAGACCAGAGCUGCCACCAGAGAGAAACCAGUUAAUUCAGCGUCUUCCAAUGGGGACUAUCAUUAAAUGCAUGAUGUAUUACAAGGAGGCCUUUUGGAAGAAGAAGGAUUACUGUGGCUGCAUGAUCAUUGAAGAUGAGGAAGCUCCAAUUUCAAUUACCCUGGAUGACACCAAGCCAGAUGGAUCGCUGCCUGCCAUCAUGGGCUUUAUCCUCGCCCGAAAAGCUAAUCGACUUGCUAAGCUCCAUAAAGAAAUAAGGAAGAGGAAAAUCUGUGAGCUCUAUGCCAAAGUUCUGGAAUCCCAAGAAGCUUUACAACCGGUGCAUUAUGAAGAGAAGAACUGGUGUGAGGAGCAGUACUCAGGAGGCUGCUACACGGCCUACUUCCCCCCUGGGAUCAUGACUCAAUACGGAAGUGUUCUACGCCAGCCAGUGGGCAGGAUUUAUUUUGCUGGCACAGAGACUGCCACACAGUGGAGCGGCUACAUGGAAGGGGCUGUAGAGGCUGGAGAACGGGCAGCUAGAGAGGUCUUAAAUGCUUUGGGGAAGGUGGCAAAGAAAGACAUAUGGGUACAGGAACCUGAAUCAAAGGAUGUUCCAGCUGUGGAAAUCACCCACUCUUUCUGGGAGAAGAACCUGCCUUCGGUGGCUGGCCUGCUUAAGAUCAUUGGAUUUUCCACCUCAGUAACUGCCCUGUGGAUUGUGGUGUACAAAUGCAGGCUGCUGAGACGAUUCUGAAUUUUCAGCCUCAUGCUUUCUGCUUUCUCUUCCCCAGUACCAUCAAAAGGAAAAUAUUGGCAAUUUAAAGGCUGUGUCUUUGGAUCAUCUUUAAAUGCACUGGAUUUAAUGCCCUCAAUUUAGUCUCUGUGUUAAAAUGAAACAACGAAAAGAAUCACCUAAUUAAUUUCAGUAAGAUCAAUUUCCCUCUUGUUAUUUGUCUGUGUAGAGUAACUUGUAUUGAUUGAUAGAAUAGAAACUUGUGAUCAAUUUCAAGAAGUUAAAGUUGAAGUUCUCUUCAGAAGCCAUGCCUCUCCUGUUUUUCUCCCCUAUAAGACAAAAUAUCUAAUGAUUACAGAAAUAAAGUAUUGAACUUUCUCCCUGUGGAGGUUGAAUAGGUUAAGGCCCAGCUUGUGACUGUCCUUUACCUGUCUUCAGGAAAUGAUGAAGUUUAGGUACAGAGCCUGGAGACUCAUUGCUUACUCAGGUGAGCAGCUCCCACUUUGUAUCAGGGAAUGUGAAAUGAAAGCAUGUGGGGUCUGGGGAUGCUGGGGCUCAGCCCAGUAGGAGGACAUCUUCUACAGGUGCUGCCUCAGCAAUCUCCUGACCAUUUCUAAUUCCUGUGAAUUUUCUAGACAUCUAGUCUUAGCGCUAGCCUAUUUGUGUGUUUUUCUCUUUUGCUUCUUAAGGAGGAGAGUCUUGACCUAGUUACAAUGCUUAAAUUGACUUGCUGUGACGUUUGUGCAGCUCCCCAGGUGAGCCGAAUAAAAUAGUAGCAGUACCCUCGCCCAGGAGGCCUUCCUAAGUAGCUCCUAGUUCCACAGGAGACUAACUACAACAGGCAUAUCAGUUCACUCAUUGUCAGUGAUAACGUUUUAUGCUGAUCUCAGGAAAGCAGCAGUAUUUCACUUUUUUCAGGUAGCCUCUAGCUAUCUGAAGGCCCCUAGUGGCAUAUUUUCUUUUCUUUUUCCCUAUGACCACAGUGGAAUUGGGCAUAUCAGUUAACUUACAUAUGCCUUCAACAUUGUUACCUUUUAAUAAAUAUUAACAUGCCAAUUAUUCUCAAGGACUGAAAUACACAUGAUGAGUUUCUGAUUGUUAUUUGUUGAGACUAUCAAAUACAAAUCGGAAAUUAGGGCUCUAUAUUAUAAUCUCACUUGCUUUAGUUAAGUUUUGUGAAAAACAUGAAAUUAACUGGCUUUAUAUAUGAAGACUAAGUUCUUUAACAUAGGAGUAAUGUAGGCCCAGAACUGUGCCCACUUCUUACCUUUCCCCAUUUUAAAAACUAAAAGUUUUAAAAGCCCCUCCUAAAAGUUUCACCAUAAAUUACUUUUUAACAUAAAUAUCUGAAAAAAUCAACACAGAUAUGAUCAAAUAAAAGCAGUUGAGUUCAGAAGAAUGGCACACAUCAUGUAGUGUACUUGCAGUAGUAUUACCCUGCACUACUGAUGAAUGAAGUAUUUCAAAUUAAGUUUUAGAUAACUAAAGCUUACUCUUUUACAUGCCAAAUUUUUUAAAUAAAAAUUUCAAUGGACAUAUUUCCACACAUUAUUAAAUAAACUAGAUUCAAGUUCAUCUUUUUUAUUAUUCAGAUUUAUCUUUAUGUGCCUGAAUUAUCUUAUACUUUUAUAAUAGAGCACUACCAUUGUGCUUAUCCCUCUACUAAAUGUCCCAAGACUGUUUUAUAGUUGGCAAGCCUACUAUUAGAUCUGUCUCUUCCCAUUUUCAGUAUUUGAUUUCAUAUCCUUGUUAUCUCCAUUAUGUUCUGAUACCUCUUAUCCUAAUCUCCUAUUUUUAUUUAAUGGAAAUUAAUGAUUGCCAGAAAAAAAACAGCCAAGCAAGUUUAUUACAUCAUUAACCUUAUCAUAGGCACAAAAUUAAGUCACUACACCCUGAUAUGAGGAUUUAAGGUCUUCCAAAGCUUUGCUUCUCCUAAGAACAAAGAGCAGAAUUUUUCUGUCACUCUUUACUUUGCAAUUCAAAGGGAUUUUAGCUAAUUUAGGAGUUUGGGGUAAUGUCUCAGAUACAUGCCCCCAUACAUAAGGAGUUACAUAUUACCAAACUGAUUUGAGAAAUCUCAUCCCUAAUCUCUUUCACUUGUUUCUGUUCACUUACAAAUAAACCCAGUCUUGACACAUCUUUUGGGAAAUGCUGAUUUAAACUUAACUGGCAACAGUUUUAAUGGUUAUAAGGUUGUUACAUAUUUAAGUCUUGUAUUUUGAAGGACUCCUGAAUAUGUGAUUUACCCUCUGUUCAAACUUUUUAGAAACCAAUUAAUCUAUCCUAAUUAGAUCAACCCCACUAAGCUACAGAUUUGGUAUCAAAAUCAAUUGUCAGUUUAGAUAUGCUUAGACAUGAAAUUGGAGCCGAGAGCUCUCAUCAUAUGUGGGGUUGUCCAACAUGAAGAUACAUUUUUCUGAACCAGAGAAACUAAAAUCGGUUUAAGAAGCUAAUAGAGGCUAGCCUGCUAAGGCAUCCACUUCACAGACCUGAAUGCGAGUCUGCCUCCAUAUUAAGGUCGAGAAUUAGAUUGAAAAAAUUAACCUUUUGUAAUAAGUAACUAUUAAAUAGGUCUUAUAUUACACCACAGAAGAAAUACUGAAGGAUAGUGAACUAUGUUGGUUUGAUUGUGAACUUGGUGCCUGAUGUUCUAUGUCUGAAACUUGCCCCAGCACUACACUUGGAAGUGUGCAUAUGUGUGAGUUUUGCCAUUAAAAUAAGAUGUUGCCUGUAUGGUAGUGUUUUGUUUGUUAAUAAAGUGCACUGCCACCCCAA